GGACAGGGGACGGGCGCUGCCGGCUGCGGGAGACGGCGAGAAACGGAGCGGGGAGGAACUUUCCCCCAACUCGAGCGGAGCGGGCGGCGGCGCCCCCCGAUCCUCCCCGGCAGCGGGCCCGUCGCGGCGGCGACCGGCCCCGGCGCUGCCCGCGGUGCUGCCGCUGCCCGCGGUGCUACCGCUGUCCGGGGUUCUGGCGCUGUCCCCGGUGCUGGCGUCGUCUCCGGUUCUGGCUCCGUCCCCAGUGCUGGCCCGGUACCUGCCCGGGGCGCGGGCGCCCAUCCCGGCCUGACUCCUUUAAGAUGAUGCAAUCGGCAUCGCCCUCCGCGCUCCCGUCCCCGCGCCACUGAGCAGAGCCGCGCAGAGCGGCGCAGAGCCGCGCAGAGGCGCGCAGCCCGGCGCAGGGGCGCGGGAGCGGCCCCACGGCCCGGCGCGGCGGGGCGGAGCAGAGCGGGGCGGCCCCCGCGGCGGCCCGGCGGCCCCGGAGCGGAGAUGGGCGCGCCGCCGGCCGCGCUGCCCGGGUGUCUGCCGCCGCGGGAGCCGCCGGAGCUCGCCAGCCCUUAGUGCAGGCUGCGGGGUUUCUGCAAGUCAUCUGAGGCAGCCGAAACGUGUACCCCGCGCUCCCCCUGCCCCGCUCUCACGGAGCCCCAGAGGAUUUAUUCGGGGUUUUUUGUUGUGGUUUUUUUUUUUUCCUUCUCCCCCAUCGUGCUGUAUGUAUUGGUUUCUCUCAUCACCUGCCAUGGUUAACUUUCCUGUGACUCGGUUGAACUCUUGAGAUCUACAUGGAUGUUGCUAAGAGCACUUUUCUUGCCUUUGCUGUCCCUUGCUGGGAUCGGAUUUCAUACUUACUGGACUCUGUGUGCCUGUCUGUGUGUUCUGAGUGUCUUGAAAUUUUGCUUUUCUUUACAAGAGCUAUGCAUUAAUUGUAACCAAGACCUGUGAAUGACCAUAGGCUUGGCUUGACCUUGAUUUUGAUGGCUUUGUUGGAAGAUCUAAGGGUGUGAUUGCAUUUCAUGAAGUGAUUGCUCUCCAGCCUCUAUGGCUUAGGGUAUAAGCCACUUCUGCCACACUGUCACUCAUGGACAAUUCAGAUUUCUUUUAAACUAAUCUUUUGGCUAUUUUUCUUUUCUCACUUCCUCUUUUCCCCGUUUCUCCUUAAUGUUGGGAGCCUUAUUCUACAUUUUGAAGUGAUUGAUAGUCCUGCUGCUUCGUGCUGCUGAUUUCUGUUUUAAAGUACAAUGGCUCUAAGUGGCAACUGCAGGACUUACCUUCCUCCUCGGGAGCAGGGGACUGGGCUGCACUCCUUCCCGGAGGUAGUGGAGCUGAAUGUGGGUGGCCAGGUUUACUUCACUCGCCACUCCACCUUGGUUGGCACCCCUCACUCCCUGCUGUGGAAAAUGUUCACCCCAAAGAGAGACACAGCCAACGACCUGGCUAAGGACUCCAAGGGAAGAUUCUUCAUUGACAGAGAUGGUUUCCUUUUCCGCUAUAUUCUGGACUAUCUCAGGGACAAGCAAGUGGUUCUGCCUGACCACUUCCCAGAGAAGGGAAGGCUCAAGAGGGAGGCUGAGUACUUCCAGCUCCCAGACUUGGUCAAACUCCUGACUCCCGAUGACAACAAGCAAAGCCCCGAUGAUUAUUGCCACAGUGACUAUGAAGAGGUCUCCCAAGGCAGUGACACGAGAAUAUGCCCACCCUCAUCACUCUUACCGCCUGAUCGGAAGUGGGGAUUCAUUACCAUCGGGUACCGGGGGUCGUGCACUAUUGGCAGGGAGAGCCAAGCAGAUGCCAAAUUCAGGAGGGUGCCAAGGAUUUUGGUUUGUGGAAGGAUUGCUCUGGUCAAAGAGGUCUUUGGAGAAAGUUUGAAUGAAAGCAGAGACCCAGACAGGGCUCCAGAAAGGUACACCUCCAGGUUUUAUCUCAAGUUCAAGCACCUGGAGAGGGCUUUCGACAUGUUGUCUGAGUGUGGAUUCCACAUGGUGGCCUGUAACUCCUCGGUGACAGCUUCCUUUGUCAACCAGUACACAGAUGACAAGGUCUGGUCCAGCUACACCGAAUAUGUCUUCUACCGUGAGCCCUCCCGGUGGUCCUCAUCCCACUGCGACUGCUGCUGCAAGAAUGGCAAAGGCGACAAGGAGGGGGAGAGCGGCACGUCGUGCAACGAGUUGUCCACGUCCAGCUGCGACAGCCAGUCGGAGGCCAGCUCCCCCCAGGAGACCGUCAUCUGCGGCCCCGUCACCCGCCAGCCCAACAUACAGACUCUGGACCGGCCGGCCAAGAAGGGGCCGGUGCAGCUGCUGCAGCAGUCCGAGAUCCGGAGGAAGAGCGACCUGCUCCGGACUCUCACCUCCGGCUCCCGGGAGUCCAACUCCAGCAAGAAAAAAGCGGUGAAGGAGAAGCUCUCCAUCGAGGAGGAGCUAGAAAAAUGUAUCCAGGAUUUCCUCAAAAUCAAAAUCCCAGACAGGUUUCCAGAAAGGAAACAUCCCUGGCAAUCGGAACUGCUGCGGAAGUACCACCUAUAGGCACAGGGUGGGGAAAGCACAUGACCUUAUUACCACUAGGGCAAGAUUCUAAGUGAUACGAAAAUAAUUCCCAAUAAUAAUUAUUUGUUAGGUCACAAAAAAAAAACAAACCGCAUCUCUAUAGUACUGCCUAAUUUGCCUAUUUCACCUUAACAUUUAUAGUUAUAGGGUAACGAUAUUUUUCCAGUCGUGGAAGCACAAUGACAAACGCUUUUCUUUGUAAACUCCGAGUCUCACACAAGCUGAAUGAAUACCUUAAGGGCACAACCAUGCCGACAGCAGGAGAUGCCCGCGUGUGGCUGCCACGGGCGCCGGGGGGGGGACACGGCCCGCGGGCAGGCAGCGGCGGGGGGCUGUGGGUGCAUGCCGUCUGCGUUCUCCGCGUCGUGCGUUUGUUUGGAGGGAUGUACCCAGCUCAAAGAAACAAGCUAUGCCAUGACAGUUUACCUUAAGCAUGUGUAUGUAUA